UGUUUAUUGCAGUCCGUGCUUUGAGAGCAUAUACACGUCUAUCGUGAAUGAAGGGUUAAGUGGAUCUAGUAUCAUGGCGGUUACAACUCAAGAUGAGAAGAAAUCCUGCUUCGAAGCGGCUUUAAAUUCGACAGGAUUCGGCAAGUACAACAUAGCAAUGCUGCUCUCCUGCUGCCUGGUGAUCCUGGGCAUGUACAUGGAUAUCUUCGGGUUCUCCAUCGUGAUGCCGGCGGUGGCUUGCGACAUGGACCUCAGCACUUCUCAGCAGGGGUUGUUGUCCGCUAUGCCGUUGAUUGGUGUGAUGUUGUCGUCAUACGCAUGGGGUCUGUGUGCGGACACCAUGGGCCGCCGCACCACACUCGUGCUGGCGAUGCCGGUCGCGUGA